AGGGUGGAUUAGGAACCCAAACAUGAACUCAUUAUAACUGUAUAGGAAAGCCUGACAACUUCUGGAGCUGUUUUCUUAUACAAUGAAAGAUAUAACUGAAAGUCAAGAAAGUGGUCAAGAAAGUGAUGAGAAGAUACAAGAACGAGGUCAAUGGAGCAGCAAACUGGAAUUUGUGCUGUCUGUUGCUGGCUCUAUCAUUGGCUUGGGCAACAUGUGGAGAUUCCCAUACUUAUGCUACAAGAAUGGAGGAGGUGCCUUCCUCAUUCCAUACCUCAUUUUCCUGUUCACCUGUGGGAUUCCUACGUUUGUCUUGGAGACAGCUUUAGGCCAGUACACCAGUGAGGGAGGCAUCACUUGCUGGAGGAAAAUCAGCCCUCUCUUUGAAGGACUAGGCUAUGGUACACAAGUGAUUGUAUCCUUACUGAAUUGUUACUAUAUUAUUGUUCUGGCAUGGGCCAUCUUUUAUUUGUACUACUCUUUCUCCUGGGACUUGCCAUGGUCCUCAUGCUGCAAUUCUUGGAAUCUAGAUACUUGUAUGGAGUUCCAAAGGAAGAAUGAUUCUGCCAACUUCACAUUGACUGCAAAUGCCACUUCUCCUGUUAUUGAGUUCUGGGAGAGAAGGGUGUUGCGGCUCUCUCCAGGUAUUGACCAGAUGGGCUCUGUGAACUGGGACCUGGCCUUGUGUCUGCUUAUUGCCUGGAUCAUGUGUUACUUCUGCAUCUGGAAAGGAGUGAAAUCAACAGGAAAGGUUGUGUAUUUUACCGCCACCUUUCCCUACCUCAUGCUUCUGGUGCUUCUCAUUCGAGGCCUUACCUUACCAGGGGCAGUGAGGGGCAUCCAGUUUUACCUGUACCCUGACGUUGGGCGUUUAGCUGAUCCACAGGUGUGGAUGGAUGCAGGAACCCAAAUUUUCUUCUCAUAUGCCCUCUGUUUAGGGAGUCUAACAGCACUAGGGAGCUACAACAAGUACAACAACAACUGCUACAGGGACUGCUUGGCUCUCUGCUUUCUAAAUAGUGGAACAAGCUUUGUGGCUGGCUUUGCCAUCUUCUCCAUUCUUGGUUUUAUGUCAUAUGAGCAGAACGUACCGAUUUCUGAAGUGGCCGAGUCUGGUCCUGGUCUGGCCUUUAUUGCAUACCCCAGGGCUGUUUCAAUGAUGCCCUUCUCUCCUCUGUGGGCCUGCUUCUUCUUCAUCAUGAUAAUCUUCCUUGGACUGGACAGUCAAUUUGUGUGUGUCGAGAGCCUGGUCACAGCCAUAGUGGACAUGUAUCCAGCUGUGUUUCGGCGUAAGAACCGUAGGGAGCUGCUCUUGUUUGUGGUGUCCUUCCUCUCCUUCCUUGUGGGUCUCAUCAUGCUGAUGGAGGGUGGGAUGUACGUAUUCCAGCUUUUUGACUACUACGCAGCCUCAGGCAUGUGUCUGCUCUUCAUGGCCAUAUUUGAGACUGUUUGCAUUGCCUGGGUCUAUGGUGCUGAUCACUUCUAUGAUAAUAUAGAAGAUAUGAUUGGCUACCGUCCAGGCCCUCUAAUUAAAUACUGCUGGAAGUUUUUUACCCCAUUCACCUGCAUAUCCACCUUUGCUUUUUCUCUCGUCAAGUACACACCUCUGAGAUACAACAGUGUGUAUGUGUAUCCUUGGUGGGGUUAUGCAGUAGGAUGGCUCCUUGCUCUGUCCUCCAUGCUGUGCAUCCCCUCAUGGAUGAUCUUCAAGAUUGCCAGCACAAAAGGAACUCUAAUAGAGCGCCUCAAAAUUCUUACUAAACCAUCAAGUGAUUUACCCAAAACCAAGAAGGAGGAAGAGAGGCUGCUGGCUAUUUUUACUGUGGGGAACUCAGCCUUACCUCACAAGGACGACAUCCUCCCAGAGCAUCUGAAGGACACUAAAUUUUAGAUUUUUUUAUUUUUCACUCAGUCCAUCUGUUUGACUCUUCAUCAACUUCAUCUGCCUGAGAAUACUUCAAGUAGGACAGACAAAAAUAAAAAAAUAAAAUAAUUCUGAGGAACAAGAA